AUGCAUGUGAGACGGCUGGCUAUCGCCGCCGCCGCCUUGUUCGGAGGCAUCGCCGGCGGUGCUCUUCUGCCCGCGGAAAAUGCUCCACAGGUCUUGUGCUACACCUACCUAUCGACGUACCUCGAGCUGGGGCCGGUUGGGACUGCCGGCUCGGCUCCGAGCGGCUCGACCGCCUCCACAACGACGAUAUCUCCAUCAGUACCCACUGCUAGCACCUCCGGCUCCUUGUCGCCUUCUUCUGGUGGAUCGUUCACGGCGUUGCCGACAUCGGCCCCUACGACAUCACUGGCUACGACUUCUACUCUCACGGCCUCAGCGCCCACAGCGUCAGCGCCCACGACGUCAAGUCCGAGCCCGACCACCAGCACGCUCGCCGUCCGGCAGGUGAUCCUCCUCGUCGCCCCGGUCCCGGCCCCGGCCAGACGGGUGCGGAAGAGAGACGACCUCGGCGGCUUCGUGAGCACGGGGACCGACGAGAACCCGCAGGUCUGCAGCGUCGCAACCGUCUUCGUGCUUUCCGAAAACCAGGUCCUCGCCGGAGGCCAGCCCUUCUUCUACGCCGGCGAGCCCUUCAAGGCGCUCCGCAACGGCGGGACCCCGCCGCCCGGCGCCGUCACGACGACGUUCGGGCCGGGCGCCGACGGAGUCCUGCGGUUCACGAGCCCGGCCAUUCCAAACGGGGGAGCGAGCUUCUGCCAGGACCCCGCCAACGGCCAAGUCUACGUCACCUUCACGUCGAGCCCGCUGGGCUGCGUACCGGUUGUGAUCCUCGCCUAUGGAGUUGAGCAAUGCCAAAACGGACGGGUUGUGAACCCUAUCCCUUUCAGCUCCAGCACCACCGCGUCAACCCAAGCCUCCUACAUCUACAUCUACAAUAGAGUCAACUACAACAGCAACAACGACAUCAACACUAACUACUACUACAUCUACAACUACACCUACAACAACAACAACAACAUCUACUACAACAACCUCAACCGCAGAGUCAACUACAACAACAACAACAGCAACAACAACAACAACAACCACAGAGUCCACCACAACCACAACCACAAGCACGACCACAGAGUCCACUACAACCACAACCACUACUGCAGCCUCCACAGCUUGCAUUUCAACACAGCGGCCAAGUUUAGUGCUACCAACCCCAACACCAAUCACAUUGAACCCGCCUCCUGGUGGCGACCCGUGAACGGUCUCAUAACAAACACCCCGUCAAAUUUCUACGGUGUCGGGUCAAUACCCUCCACCGACUUUUCACCCAUCACCAUUGCGGCGUACUACGCAGACUUUAUCAUCCUCCCCGCACAAGGCCAGGGCAUCUGGUAUGAGAUCCGCGUCUCCCCCCGCGGCGGCCGAGAGGUCACGUUCGAAUUCCUCCUCACGCGGUUUGCGGGAGGACUCUCGUCAACAUACUACCACUUUACGGUCACGUUGUAUGAGAAUUUCCCAAACAUACACAACAUCAAGUACUACCAAACUCCACGCAAAGGGUCGGACGCGGUUAUCGGCGUUCAAAACAGGAUAGGAUCGUCUAAAUACGUAGCAUUCUCAUCCAACCAGGCAACGGUUCCGGAUGGCACUUUUGUCGAAUCCGACACGAGCUCUCUGCCCGGGAGCUUCAUUACGGGCAGUUUUCCCUUGAGCUGUUGA